AUGUGUAGAUCAAUAGCUUUUAACCUCUUGCAGGAAGUUUCUUUCGACUGCAUAGCGAGAAUUGAUAAUGUUGAGCGUGACAGUGCAUGGUAUUAUAUUGCCUGCAAUGGUUGUCAAAGUAAGGUCACCAAAGGCCCUCUUCGUCAAUGUGCGCCAAGUGUGGCAACACUAACGUUGCUGGAUCGUUCAGUGAUCUCUAUCUAUGAAAAUAAUGAUCAGGCUAUUUUUGUUCUCCUUGGUGACGCAGGACGUGAGUUGACAAGGAAGAAUGCUGCAGAAUUGGUUGACAACUACUUUGAGGCUAAUCAAGAACUUGGUGUUGGCCAUGAGAUGCCUCCCCCCCCCCACCCCCACCAAGCUUUGAUCGACAACAUUGGGCAAACACAUAAGUUCAUGAAAGUGUCUGACCUCAACUUAACAGGAAAGACUCGGACUAUAACUGUUACUAAAUUUGUCUCAACAAAAGUUCAUCCACCUGUACCAACUCCAACUAAAAUCCCACUUGAUGUGGAUGAUGAAGUGGCCGUGCCUUCUGCAAGUUUCGUUGCUGGCUCUGGAUUCAAUGCUGAUAAGGGAAAUGAAAGCACCAGUAAUAGGGAUGAAUCACAAAAGGCUAAGUGUCCUAAACAUUGA